AUGGACAAUGGGGCAGCGUUCCGUUCGGAAGUUUUUCGGUCAAUGUUGGAUAAGUGGAACACUAGGCAAUAUUAUAGAGCAGCGUACAGGCCUAGUGGAAAUGGUAUCGUAGAACGAAACCAUCGAACUAUAAAAGUCAUUGCCGAGAGAGGAUGGAUAUCGCCUGCAGAAGCAGUAUUUUGGUAUAAUAUGUCGCCUAAAUCUGGCCAACGUGAAGACAUUGUGCCACACAAAGCAGUUUACACAUACCAAUGGAGACAUCCUAGAGUUGCACCAUGUUUAACACGCUCUGACGGCCCUGAAUCUAUACGGAUUGGAGAGGAGGUUUGGGUCAAGCCAACUGGAGCCCGCUGCACGACAAAAUGGACAAGAGGAAUGGUUACCGGGGCACAGUCGCGCAACAAUGUUGAGGUGGGCGGUAUGCCAAGGCAUAUUCUUGACCUAAGAGUGAUUGAAGAGGAUUUAGAGAAUGAAGGAGAAAAUUGGAGAAGUUCUCAUGAGGCUCAGCCCCAAACACUACGGAAAUCGCAAAGAGAGCGACACCCGCCCAGAUGGAAGGAUGAUUAUAUAACGUGA